AUGCUCCCUUCCCGGAAGACGGGGAAGCGAAAGGACAAAUUCGGCAAGCGGAUAUAUGGCGAUGGUCGGGAGGUUCAACGGGAGUUUACCGAAACACCAGAGGCACACUUGCACCUCGAGUCACUUCUGAAUGAAAUCAAUGCCUUCAUAGAGAGCCCAGAGAAGAAGUCCAUCGAGUUGCCACCCAUGAGUAAAGGAGAUCGAAAGGUGGUUCAUUUUCUUGCCAAUUCUUGCUAUCAUCUCGCGACCAAGUCCUUCGGAACGGAAAAGACAGGUCGGCACGUAGUGCUUACACGGACUCCUCAAACUCAAACUGGCCGACCUCGGACUCGCCUGCUUGACCGUGUGCUUGUGGCGUACCAACGUGGUACAUUUCAUCAAGAAGGAUUCAUCCGAGCUAGUGACACCGCUAGACACAAAGCAAAACGCAAGGGCUCCGAUGUCCACCCUGCCGAAGGAGGACCUGAAGCAUCCAAGAACUCCAGGAAGCACGUUGUCCUCCGUCCCAAAGAGGGUGAUAUCGUCGGACGAAAGGCAGAACCCAUUGGGGAGUCCAACGUUGGAUUCCAACUGUUACAACGCAUGGGGUGGAGCCAAGGAGAACGAAUAGGGGCUACUGGCGGAUCCACGAUCCCUCUUCCCGUUGUCGUGAAGGUCUCUAAGCUGGGUCUUGGAACGAUCUCCUAUGCACGACCGGUGUCUCCAUGA